UUUUAUAUUUCCGAGACAGGUCUGGCAAAGAAACACAUACACAAUAAUUAGAUUUUCAAAAGCAUGAAAUCUGAACGUUUGAGAGAUCUGAAUCUUUCUCAUGGGACCUGCUACAAUAGGUGGUAACAGUAAACCACAUUACUCUAAUGUUUCAGAUAUGGAACGAUGAGUUUCUUGUUUGGGAUCCUGAAGAGUUUGAUGGAAUCACUGAAAUAUCGCUGUCCUCGGAUGCCAUCUGGGUGCCUGAUGUCAUUAUAAGUGAAUUCGUCGAUGUUGGCAAAUCCCCAGUCAUCCCAUAUGUUUAUGUCAACUGCUCAGGAACAGUAAAAAACUACAAACCCAUCCAGGUGGUCUCAGCCUGUCACCUGGAGAUUUAUGCCUUUCCCUUUGACAAGCAGAAUUGCACUCUGACCUUUCGCAGCUGGCUCCACUCAGUGAGUGAAGUGGAUUUAGCUCUAUGGAGGCCUGCUGAGGAAAUCGCCAAUGACACAAGAGAGUUCAUGAAUGAUGGUGAAUGGGAGCUGCUGUCUGUCCCUUCUCACUACUGGACAUUGAAUCUAGAGGGAAGAGACUACGCGCAGAUUCAGUUUAAUGUGCUGAUCCGCAGGCGCCCCCUGCUGUACGUGGUAAGUCUGCUCAUCCCGAGCAUCUUCUUCAUGGUGGUGGAUGUCACCAGUUUCUAUCUGCCUCCAAACAGUGGAACUCGCAUCACUUUCAAGACCAGCAUUCUCCUGGGCUUCACUGUAAUCAGAGUCAAUUUGAUGGAUGAAAUCCCUGCCACAGCCAUUAAAACACCCCUCAUUGGAGUCUUCUUUGCUGUUUGCAUGGCGCUGCUGGUGCUUAGUUUGUCAUUGUCCAUUUUUGUAGUGAAGCUUUUGCAUUACAGUGAGAACGAAGUCAAGGAGAUGUCCAUGUCUGCUUGCUUGCUAGACAAAUAUGGCUCAAUGGACCACAGCUUUAUUGAGAGCGCUUUCACUUCGAUGAAGACACUGGAUGAUAUGGACCAGUCUGGGGGCUACGAGUCUGAUCUGUCUCCAGAGCCAGACCUGUUCUCCUUGACAGAUGUCUCAAACAGUGACGCUCCACUGGAGAAAAUCCUGCAGGAGGUGGUGUCUCUCAGACUCUACCUUCAGGAAGAGGACAGUGAGGGCAGUUCACAGUCCUACUGGGUGGAACUGUGUCUAAAAGUGGACAGGCUCCUCUUCUGCAUGUAUCUGGUACUUAUGUUCAUCUAUGUUAUGACUCUACUGCUGCUCUGGGGUACCUGGAGCUCUGCCUGAAAGUCUGAACGAGGUGGUAGGGGAAAAAAGAGGUGUGAUGAAAAGAGAAAGACAAAAACAGAUCCGGAGUGGAUGGAGAAAGUUAAAAAGUGAUAGAUUCCACAACUGCAGUUUCAGUUUUAAAAUAUCAAACAAUUAAUUGUAAUUGUUGCCUACUGUUAACAUUAAUUCAGAUGUGCUUCUGCAGAUUGACUCUGUAACAAAAAUGAGACCAGUUCCUAAGGAGAUUAUUGUAAAACGUAUGAACUUUCUUUCAGAUGUAAAAAUCAUAAUGACUAGC